AUGAGUUCGCCAUCGCUAAGUGAGAAGACGGCCUUCUUUGACCAACUCGAUGCGCUUGAUAAUAUACGCGACGAGGAUGAUGUGAUCGAUGAGAAGGAGCGGAAACACCGGGAGAUGUGCCGGGCGUUCUUCAACUCGCGCAAGAAGCCGGAGCGCAUCCAAGAAACUCCUGCCGCUGCACCACAGAAGGCCACAUCGAUUCCGGGCACAAUUCCGGGCACAGUUCCAGAUACAAUUCCCGUUCCGGCUUCAACAACACCAGGUCCUCAGAUUAUAAAGGCUACACCCAUCACCGGGAAGGCAGCAGCCAACCAACCGCCAGGAAAACGUCGGUCCGUCGCUGACCCCACUUCCUUUGUUGAAGAGACGCCCAUCCCCGACACGGCUCGGCCCUUACCCUCAACUCUAAGGAGCACCACCUUUCCACUACCGGAUUCUUCUUCGGUCCAUGACCAAUCCCCUUCAGCAAGCACCGCGUUAAGGAAGCGGAAGCGCCAGGCGUCGACCAAGAAGACAGUGCCCGAAGCUGCCCAGGUUCUGCGGGGGCUCUCAUUCUACUAUAUACCCAACAACGACAUUGCCCCAGCACGGAGAUUGCGUAUCGGUAGAGCGCAGGAGUACGGUGCACAAUGGGUUCAGGCACUGGGAGAUGCCACACAUGCCAUUGUCGACAAGCAGUUGACAUAUCAGGAUAUCCGCGGUGUGCUCGGCACCGAGGUUGCGGAUUCUUUGAUCAUUGUUAACGAGGAAUAUCCCAUCGACUGUAUUUCUUUUCGCAUGAUCCUCAAUCCCCACCAGCUUCGAUACCGGGUUCUAGGCUCUGCUAGCAUCCGCGGCAACUCGUCUUCCGAACGCCCGGCUACGGCUGCAUCGGAAGAGUCGAACCACUCGCUGCAAGUGAAGACAUCCCGGAGUUCCAAGAGACGAGGCUCAAGAAGCACGCCCCCGAGACCAGAAGAUCCGUCUCCGGUCAAGAACACACGGGGUAGCCUGUCGAGGCCGACGACGGGGACAACCUUGGAGGACGGCCGGUCCGAAAUUCAGGUCCCCCAUUCUGACCUAGUGGAGCGACCGAAUAUCGACCAGGAGGCUCCCCGUCCUCCACCAUUCCGCCGAAAGUCGAGUUCCAAUGACGAGCUGGCGGAGUAUAUCGAACUUCUCCAGCAGUACAAGGACCUCCCUCUCGACGCCGAGGACGAGGAUGCCCAGUCUGCCCGGGACCCCCAAGACUCAACCGGCUCGAGCUCUGACAUAGAAGAAGGCUCCGAGGAUGAGCGGGCGCGGAAGAGGACCGCAACAAUGACCAAACCCCGCCGCAGCAACCAAAAAGAAAUCUCCUUCGCCGACCGUUUCUCCUGCAACCGCGGCGGGACCAAAGAAAAGUCCGCCAACGCCGCCAACCCCAACGCCAAAACCAUCGAGAUCCUCCAGCGCAUGUGCGACUACUACAACCGCAUCAACGACACGUGGCGCGCCAUGGCCUACCGCAAGGGCAUCGCCACCCUCCGCCGACAAACCACCAAAAUCACCACCGAAGACGAGGCCUACCGUCUGCCCAACAUCGGCCGCCGCCUCGCCGCCAAAAUCGAAGAAAUCGUCUCCACCAACCGCCUCCGCCGCCUCGAAUACGCCCACGACGAACCCGUCGACCAGAUCCUCGAGCUCUUCUUGGGAAUCUACGGCGUCGGCACCAGCCGCGCGAGCAAGUGGAUUGCCCAAGGCCAUCGCACCCUCGACGACCUCCGCCGCAAGGCGGAUCUAACCCCGCACCAGCGCCUGGGUAUCGACCACUACGCCGACCUCAACACGCGCAUCCCGCGCGCCGAGGUGGCCGCGCUCUUUGAGUAUGUCUGCCGCGAGGCGGCGCAGCUGGAUGACAGCGUGGAUCUGCUCGUUGGCGGUAGUUACCGUCGCGGCGCGGAGUCGUCGGGGGAUAUCGAUAUCAUUGUCACGCGGAAGGGGACGACUUCGUCGGGGGAACUAGUGCCGUUUCUUGAGGAGCUGGUGGAUGUGCUCACGCGCAAGGGUUUUCUUGUUGCCACGCUGGCGGCGCUGCAUGCCCAGCGACGGCCUGGGAAGGACGGGCCGGGGGGUAAAUGGCAUGGCUGCUGCCAACAAAAUCCCAACCCUUGGCGGCGCAUCGACUUCCUCCUCGUCCCGGAAUCCGAAUACGGCGCCGCGCUCAUCUACUUCACGGGCAACGACAUUUUCAACCGCAGCAUGCGGCUGCUGGCAUCGAAGCGGGGGAUGAGGUUGAACCAAAAGGGGUUGUAUAAGGAUGUGAUGCAGGGCAGGAACCGGGAGAAGAUUACGGAGGGGGAGUUGUUGGAGGGGAGGGAUGAGAGGAGGAUUUUUGAGGUGUUGGGGGUUAAGUGGAGGGAGCCGUGGGAGAGGUGGUGUUAG